AUGUUCCCACUCAAACUCGUUCGCUCUCUCAUCUCCGGCGAUGACGUCACCAACAACCCCCUCCUCCUCCGCAUCCACCACGACCACCUCGAAGAAAACGACGACGCCAUCAACUCAUCGUCCAAAUCGAGAAGAAGAAUACCUCUAAUGCUCUUCAAUCCAACUCAAGAACUGGUCAAGGACACCUACCGAUUGGCCUCGAUCGCCCGAGCCAUCGGCAUGGAUUUCCACCCUAACGCCUCCCUCUCCCACAUCAUCUUUUCAUGGCCAUCGCCGCCCGGCGCCUCAUCAUCACGCACAUCAACAUCAUCGUCGUCGGCAUCAUCAUCAUCAUCAUCUUCUUCGUCCUCCUCACAUUUCGCCUGGUCCCUGCAAAACGACACCGUCGCCCUACCCUUCCCCUCCUUCGCCACCGCGUCCCUCUCCAACCUCCGCCUAUUCGCCGCCCUCUCCAGGGGCCACUUCAAGCUGGCCUUCCUGAAAAACAAUUGCGCCCCUUUCGAAAAAAUUGAGGCCUUGAGCAAUAAUAACUGGCAUUGCAGCUCGUACUCCCUGUACUCUUCGCGUACAGGUGAGAGAAUUGACUCAAUUGAUGAUCUCUCUAGGGCUUUGCUUGGGAGCGGAUGGACCCUUUUCAGGACCAACAUCAGUAGAACAAAAAAAUCCCGAGAAUUUCUCGAUAGGGCGAUUUAUUUGUACCGGAAAUCGGACGUGAACAAAAUUUCUAGUGCGAAACCGGCGAUCGAGGACGGAAAUGGAGAUUCCAGGGAUUGCGGUAGGGUUAGGGAGCUGAGGUUGCCUCCAUUGGAUUUCAGAAAUGUCCCUCUGAGGAUUCUGCAGUAUAUUCUUCUGAUGACUGAUGAUAUUUUCUUCCUCGCCUAG